GGGAGCAGUGUUGCUGGGCCCAGAAAGAGACCGAGGCCAGGGGAGGGGCCAUAGCAAGGGAGGACCGCAGAAUUGCCAAGACCCCACACCAUAGCCAGAAUCAGGGAUGGGGGAGAAAUGCCAGGGAUUCUAGGUCUUUCCAGGCUGCACCCAGCAUCUCCCAAUGGUCACACCCAAGGGCAAGUCGGAGAGUUGAGGGACCCAGGUGAUGCAGGCUCUUGGGGAUUGUGCCCUCUUGGGGUGGCUCCAGGACAAGUUCAAUGAGCAGACAGACAGUCUAGCGGCUCCUGAGCUCCUGGCUCUUACAGUAUAAUGAUGGGAUGGGCAACUUAACUUUAGAUUAUGCUCAGUACCACAAAGAGGAUGAACCAGGUACUGUGAGAGAAAGUGGGGAGGGGACACCCCCAUGGAAUGUCAGGGAAGACCUCUCUGCAAAAAUGACACAUCUGAACUUUAGACAUUGUCUUGGGCAGGGUUCCCCAGAGGAGCAGAACCAAUAGGAUGUGCACAUACAGAAAGAGAUUUAUUUUAAGGACCUGGCUCUUGCAGUGAUGGGGGCUGGCAGGUCUGACAUCUGCGGGGCAGGCUGGAGACCCAGGGGGGAGUCAGUGUUGCAGCCACAGUCCAAGGACUGGGGGCUGAAUCCUCCCUUCCUCUGGGGAGCUCAGUCUUUGAGAUGCUGCUCACCCACAGCAUGGAGAGCAAGUAAUCUGCUUUUUCCAAGGUCUAUUGAUUUAAAUGUUAAUUACAUCUUAAAAUUACUUUCAUAGCAACAUCUAGAUGUGUUUAACCAAAAACUGGGCACGAGGGCCCAGCCAAGAUGACACAUAAAAUUAACCACCACAGGCACCAUUACCCAUCUGGACCAGUGUGUAGCUCUCACAGGGAGCCGCUAAGUCGGAUAGCCUGUUCAUACCCUGCACGUCUUUCUUUUGCAGAGAAAAAAAAAAAAAUCCCACUUUGCAAUUGCGUCUGGUCACCAGGAAGGUCUAGUUUUGUGGAAAGAGGGCUGCAUCUAACCCCUCUAGAACCGUCACCCAGAGGCACCCGCUGGCUGACCGGGGGACAGUCUUCCUAGCUGGCGGACGAUGCAGGGGAAUAAGAAGUGCACGGACGGGUUCAGCGACUCCUCGAGCAUCGGCAGUGUGCUGGACGAUGCAGACAGGGAGGUGAGCAGCCUCACAGACCGGGCGUUCCGAAGCUUGUGCAUCUCAGAGGACACAUCCUUCCAUGACUCCGACCUGACCCUGUCCCCGGAUAUCACCCGCCAGGUGUUUGGGAGUCUUCACCAGGGAACGGUGAGCCACACCCACAGGAAAAGCGGUAUUUGGAGCCAGUUACCGUCACAAGGCACCGAGCAUUCGGGCUGGGCAGCCACGUUCCAGCAGCUACCCAAGUACGUUCAAGGGGAGGAGAAGUAUCCCAAAAGCAGCCCCCCACUGACGCCAGCCCAGAGGAGACUGGAGGUGCCAGUUUCCGGCCUGAGGAGCAGCAACAAGCCUGUUUCUAAAGUGUCGUCGCUAAUUAAGUCUUUUGACAGGACUGAGAGCCAACGCUGUGACAGCAGGCCCCCAACCAGUAAGCCCCCGGCUCUCAAGAACCCCCUCAAAUUUGCUCCUCUUCCAGAAAGUGGCGUCAACUUCUGCUUCGAUUCUGCCUUUCUGACUGUCAGGAGGGUGCCCGCUGAAGUCUCUGGAGCCCAUCAGAGUAGCCACCAGCCUGGCAAGAAGCACGCAGAGCAGGAGUCCCCCAAGAACCCCGAGAUGGCCUGUCACAGCUCCAGCAGCUUCCUCCCAACACCUGAAAACGCGGCCAAUGCGUUCGAGUCAAAGUUCCCCUCUCCUCCCCACAAGCCAUCCAAGGGCGAGUCUGGAAGAGGUAAGGAGUGGCCUCGCAAAGGGACCUUUCUUCAUAGUGAAAACAGUGCUUUUGAGUCGUGGAAUGCCCACCAACCGCGGCUGCCCGAGAGAAAGGAGGCUGCUGACCCUGUCCCAGAAAGCAAAGCCCCCAAGCAUUACGAGAACACGCCCUUGUUAAAAGAGCCCCCGGCCUCUGAGCACAAAGUCUCCCCCUGCCAGGCCCGGGCCAGCUGCAGUCAGGAGGAGAGCAGGCUGGCAGCAGGGGCUCUCUCUGCAUCGGGACCCUGGGGACCUCGGGAUUCGGGGCCCCAGGUAUUCGGUACAGAGGGAAAUUCUAGCUCCCAGCCCAACCUUCAGGGGAAGCCCACCCAGCCACCAUGGAGGAAACCAAAGUCCGGCAAAGGAAAGAAGGAAAGUCUACAAGAUGCAUCGGAAGAGAAGAAGCAGGCCACCAGAAGAGGCCCAGCCUUGUACACAAAGCACAAUCCCCAGGGACAGUUUCCAGAAAACGAGGCUCUUGACAUGCCCAUGGACCCCAACGAGCAUUACAGCCCUCCUUUCAACAUCAGUAAGCUUCUGACCCCCAUCAUACCCACCAAGAAUAUCCUGGAGCCAUCUGACAGCCAGCCGGUGGAGAUAACACCAUCACCCUCAGGACAGCUAAACGGGUACCAAGAGAAGGAACCCAGUGAAUGUCAGUCUCGGGACAGCUACAAAUCCAAAGCCCCUAGCCUGCUGUUCAACCUGAAGGAUGUACGGAAGCGUGUCAAGAGCACAUAUAGUCCCUCACCUCUCUCGAAAGGCCUCGAGGAGAAAACCAGGGGCAAGCAAGAACCCGUGAGCAAUGGGAUCAUCCUUCCCAAUGGGCUUGAGGAGAGCCCUCCAAAUGAGCUUUCUAAGGAAAGGGCAGCUGAUGCCCCUUCUGUGUCACACAUCAGUACCCAGAUGGACCCUAAAGCUGACCCUGGUACAGCCUCUGUGGACAACUAUCUAACUCUUAACUCACCUCCAGCCAUCACCCAAGCCCCCUUCUCCGUCAAUGGGGAGGGAGCUGACAGGAACAGCUAUGAGAAGGAUGACGGAGAACCGGAAAUGGGCACCACCAGGUCUGGGAAGUGUCCAGAGUCGAGGGAACAGUGCCCCAGGAAGCACCUGUCUCUGCGGCUUUGCAGUAGAGAGCCUGAGGCAGGGAAGGCUGCAGAGAAACCAAAGACUCCCAGCCUAGAAAAGGGGUUCUUGAGAUCUGUGUCUCAAGAGACAGAACCCGAGAGAGAGGCAGGACUUCAGAAUCCAAACUUCAACCAGAAAUUCUCCCCAGGGCCUCUCUCUCCCGAGGAAGAAGAUGUGUUUUACAGUGACAGCCAAUCAGAUUUCAUGCCAUGCUUCAAAGGUAAGGCCAAAUUCAGCACCAGCUCUUCAGACCAGUCCUUUGCCUCCUUUGAGGACCAGCAGAAGACGUGGUUCACGGAGAGCCAGCAGGAAGACAGGAGGAAUGACGUAAGUGCAGGUGACAGUCAGAAGGACGAGAAGGAGAAAGCAAUAGGGAAAGACGAGACACAGCACGGUGCCUUAAGUAACGGGCAGGUGUGCGUGCAGGAGCACAGCCAGGGGGCAUCGUCGCAAGAAGGGGAAAGCUCGUCUGGAUGUAGACCCAGGAAGGCAUCGAGAGAGGAAGCCAACUUCAGAGGCACUUGGAUCGCGGGAAGUAAGGAUACAACCAGAGACCCUACCCCCUCGCCAUCUUCCACUAUGAACAAGCACAAACUGUUUGCAAUUAAAGACAACACCCUCAGGGCCACCCCCGUGAUAAAACCCAUCAUGUUGCCCCUCCUGAGGGCCAUGUCAUCAGAGGACCCUCUGGGCAGCGGCCACAAAGAGGAAGACCUGCCAAAGCCAGGCUGGGGAGAAGAGGCUGGUCUUUGUGGCCCUGAGAGCCAGGAAGUGGCCAACACGCCUACAGCCGCUAACACGCAGGGCACACACUUGAAGCACAUGGCCUGGGAGAGCACAGAGGACCACGGGCAGGUGCCAGCCCCAACGGGGAACAUCGCAUCUCCUCCACUCGUGGCAGAGGCUGAAGGGCUGAAGCCACCCCCAGAGGCUGCACGUCGAGUUGUGGCAAACGAUGGCAAGAACAGCUGCACAGUCCAGGGGAAGCUAGAUGCUCCAAGGUGCAUCCCCACCAUCGCUUUGCCUGAGGGCGACCUGGAAGACCAGCCACCCCCACAGCAGCCGGGAACCUGCUGGGAAGAGCACACACAAGAUUUCAAAAGUCACUUAUUGUCUACACCCCGAGCAGGGCCCCCGGGGAGAAGACUGGUCCCCGGUGAGAUGGCAACUUCCCCCAAUGCCAGCUCCCCGGAUGAGAGCAGUGCGUGCUCCCCUGCCGCCAGCAGCGUCUGGGACGAUGCCUCCCAGGCCCCCAGCGAGCCGGGCCUGCUGCCGGGGGAGCCUCCCCACACCAGUCCCUGGGCCAGCCCCCACUCUGCCAGGGUGGCCCGCAGGGAGGACCUGACCCACGCCCUCACGUGGGAGGCUGGCUCGGACCCCCAACUUGAGCCACCUGCAGAAGACCUCAGGACACUUUCUCCAAGAGGCUUGGUGCUGGACGAGGCCGCCGGCUCAGCAGGCCUCCCUGAGAAACCAGAACUUCCUGCCCCACUGGAGAGGGCGGCCAGCAAGCCUCCUGCAGUCCCACCCAAAACAGAGAAGGCCCUGCGGCGGGCAAAAAAGCUGGCCAGCAAGAGGAGGAAGACCGACCAACUGCAAGAAAAGCAUGGCGAACCCCUGGAAGAAAAGCCGUGCCUGGAGGACCUUGAACGAGGGCCACCAGCCCCCGGAGAGAGGCCCCGACCCAGGUGCCCCGGGGUCCGCUCCCUGCCCCCUCCCAUCCACCGCCACUCAGUGUCUGCCUUCUCAGAGCCCAUCAGGAGGCAGCCUGGGGGAUCCCAGUCCCUUACUCCCCUGCCCCCUUACCCUGCCACCCAGAAGGUUCUCCAAGACCCCCAAUCUGGAGAGUACUUUGUCUUCGAUCUGCCACUCCAGGUGAGAAUCAAGACCUUCUAUGACCCCGAGACGGGCAAAUACGUCAAGGUCUCCAUCCCAACCUCAGAGGGGGGCUCCCCGGAGCCACCCCCGCCAGACACUCCAGAUGCUCCCUACAUGCUGUACCCCCACUUUCGGCCCCUGCCCGUGACGGCCUUGAUGCCUCUGCGCUGCUCCUCUCAGCUGUCUGCCCCCACCUUCCUAAAUCAGGGCCCUCACACCACCGAGGCAGCUGGGCCCGGGCCCCGGAGGGCCCGAGAGGCCGGCCUGCAGCUUCAGCUGGGCCCUAGGCCUCGAGGCGACCCCACCUGGCACUCUGCAGGCCAGCGCCCUGAUGCUCCUUCCCCAAGCCUGGGGGAGGAGGGGGGAGAUGCCCCACGCCUGGGCAUCAUCUCCACCAACGACCUAGAGGACUUCGCCACAGAAGGCAUUUCUUGAGAAUUGCGUCUGAUUAACCUCCCCGCCCCCAGAUAAACCCAGAAGAACUUACUUCCCCUUUCCCCAAACAAUCCACACACACACACACACACACCAACACAUACUUAGUCAUGUGAGAUCCCUAAAUUCCCAAAGGAAUUAGGGAUUCUGAGAAAACCCCACCUGAAGGGCUUCUCUCCCUGGGAAGGUGCUAUUUGCAUGACCGGGUCCCUCCCAAGCCCCUUCCCAGAUCCUGGAUCUGCUCCACUGACCCCCUCUCUCUUCCCCUCCCUUAGUCCCUGGCCUCCUCUGGCUAUGCCCCUGGGGCGGGUCCAGAGGAUUCCUAAUGGCUGCUCUGCCCCAGCUGCCCACCUUCUUCUUCUCAAGGGCUGGCUCAUGCAGUGAGCAAACUCCCAAGGCCCCCAGAAUCACUGCACUGUGCUGAGCUGAGCCCUGCCCGCAAGCAGACCACCCAGCCCAGCCCCUCCAGGUCCAGCGUGGUAUAGACAACAACUCCACCCUCGCUCCAACACAGCAGCCAUUUCCAGCUCACUGCAGGCAGAGAUGGCUGAGGACUGACCCAAGGCAAUCUUGCAGAAAUGUUUAUCUGGAUAGACUGGGUUUUCUUUACUGAGGAAGCUUUCCUCUGAAGGCUAUUUUCUGAUCGACAAAAGGCUACCUUUUAAAAAGUGAAACACGUUUGCAGAUGUGAUUCUGUCCUGGACUCCUGUCUCUCUUCUCUGGGUCGGGGUGGGUCUCCACCGGUGAGUAAAGUGCCUUGUGCCUCCCAGGCCUUCCAUCACCACCGGGACACAGGGGCUUCGUGUCUGAACAGAGCAGCUUUGGCACCCACCACGGUCCCGGUGUCUCUCCUUGAGCCCUCGGCACCUGUCCAUGCCAUCUUGGGGCCAGGCUCUCCAUUCCUGUUGGGAGACAAAGAGGAGGAAGACCCAAGCCCACCAUCAAGGCUGGCCCAAGGAACUGAGUCAGGCCCUAGCUGUCCCAAUCUAGUGACCAGUGCCUGUGCCCUGUACUCAAAAGGAAAUUGC